CACUUGGCCAUGAUAAGGAGAGGCUUCCAGCUGGCAGCAAGACUUGGCCACCACAGAGGCCUUCUUGGGGACCCCCGUAUCCUGCCCAGACUCAACCCUGCCUCAGCAUUUGGAUCCUCCACAGACUCCAUGUUCUCAAGAUUCUUGCCAGAGAAGACAGACUUGAAGGAUGAUGCUCUUCCCGAUGCCAGCUGGUGUUUGGACAUGCUGAGCCUGGACCAAGAAUUUCUGGAGAAGACCAAGUCUAGCGGCUGGAUCAAGCUGCCCUCCUUCAAGUCUAACGGAGACCACAUCUAAGGACUCAAGCUCCCAUCUGGACUGGCAGUUUCCUCGGACAAAGGUGACUGUCGCAUCUUCACCAGAUGCAUCCAAGUGGAAGGACAAGGCUUUGAGUAUGUCGUCUUUUUCCAGCCAUCCAAGAAGAAGUCGGUCUGUCUUUUCCAACCAGGCCCCUACCUGGAGGGGCCCCCAGGGUUUACCCACGGCGGGUCCCUGGCAGCCAUGAUGGACGAGACUUUUUCUAAAACUGCCUUCCUGGCUGGAGAGGGGCUGUUCACACUAAGCUUCAACAUCAGGUUCAAAAACUUGAUCCCCAUGAGCUCUCUGGUUGUAAUGGACAUAGAAGUGGAAAAGAUUGAGGACCAGAAGCUUUACAUGUCCUGCCUCGUCCACAGCAGAGACCAGCAGACAGUUUACACCAAGUCCUCAGGUGUUUUCCUUCAGCUGCAGCUGGAAGAAGAGUCUCCCCAGUAACAGUCACUGCCUGCAGAGGAGCCUCCCACUGCAUCCCCUGCCUGCCUGGGACCCACCAAAGAGCAAGAAGGGGUCGUCAAGAAGC